AUGGAGGGAAGGGAAUCGAAUCGACUCGAAUCGGUUCGAAUCGGUUCGAAUCGGUUCGAAUCGGUUCGAAUCGGUUCGAAUCGGUUCGAAUCGGUUCGAAUCGGUUCGAAUCGACUCGAAUCGGUUCGAAUCGGUUCGAAUCGGUUCGAAUCGACUCGAAUCGGUUCGAAUCGACUCGAAUCGGAUCGAAUCAAGCGGGUAGCUAACAAGAGUCAAGCGGGUAGCUAACAAAAAUUUUUUUAAAAAAAGUUACAGAUUUGGACAAAUCCAAAAAUGUAAAAAAAAGCUUAGUAAGCCACCCAGAAGCAACUUUAAAGCUAAAAAAAUUGAAAGAAAAUUUUUAACACUGUUAAAAAAGGCUUAGGCUUAGUAACCACCCAGAAGUAACUGUGAAGGCGAAAACCCCAAUUUUUCAUUCCAGAUUUUUAUUAAAAAUUUAAAAAAAAAAUGGAGGGAAGGGAAUCGAAUCGACUCGAAUCGGUUCGAAUCGACUCGAAUCGGUUCGAAUCGACUCGAAUCGGAUCGAAUCAAGCGGGUAGCUAACAAUCGACGAAUCGGUUCGAAUCGGUUCGAAUCGGUUCGAAUCGGUUCGAAUCGGUUCGAAUCGACUCGAAUCGGUUCGAAUCGGUUCGAAUCGGUUCGAAUCGACUCGAAUCGGUUCGAAUCGACUCGAAUCGGAUCGAAUCAAGCGGGUAGCUAACAAGAGUCAAGCGGGUAGCUAACAAAAAUUUUUUAAAAAAGUUACAGAUUUGGACAAAUCCAAAAAUGUAAAAAAAGCUUAGUAAGCCACCCAGAAGCAACUUUAAAGCUAAAAAAAUUGAAAGAAAAUUUUUAACACUGUUAAAAAAGGCUUAGGCUUAGUAACCACCCAGAAGUAACUGUGAAGGCGAAAACCCCAAUUUUUCAUUCCAGAUUUUUAUUAAAAAUUUAAAAAAAAAAUGGAGGGAAGGGAAUCGAAUCGACUCGAAUCGGUUCGAAUCAAGAAUCGGUAGCUAACAAUCGACUCGGUUCGAAUCGGUUCGAAUCGGUUCGAAUCGGUUCGAAUCGACUCGAAUCGGUUCGAAUCGACUCGAAUCGGUUCGAAUCGGUUCGAAUCGGUUCGAAUCGACUCGAAUCGGUUCGAAUCGACUCGAAUCGGAUCGAAUCAAGCGGGUAG